AUGGGCAGUACUGGUAUUGACUCUCUGCCCUCAUUCAGUCCGGGAUUCAAAGAACUCAGCGCUCCGCAGGGCUCCGAACGACGACAUCUAACAAGAAUAAAUAAUCACACUAUGUACCUCGAAAUACUUGAUGGAAAGCUCCAUCGCGCUCCAAUCUCAGAUGACCCCCAGAUGUGGUACAGGCAUCUGGGCGAUGUAAAAUCUUCUGUUCUCUUUCUAUGUAGCCGUCCUCACGAUCUGUUUAAGGACUUUGCAGAUAAAUACCCAUCCGCAGAAGUAAUUGGCAUCGAUUUAUCUCCUAUCCAGCCCGCAACCGUGCCGCCCAACUGCCGUUUUGUUGUCGACGAUAUCAAUGAGCAGUGGCAAUAUCCAGACAACAAGUUUGACUUAAUUCAUAUCCGUGCCAUGGCUGGGUCAGUGCCAGACUGGGUCGUGUUUCAUAAAAUAGCUCUGCGACAUCUAAAGCCUGACGGCUUCGUUGAGCAAGUUGAAUUAUCAGGACAGGCGAUGUCGGACGAUGGAACCCUGCCGCAGGACUCGGCCCUGGUACAAUGGUGGGAGCUUUUUAAGGCAAUGGGCCAGAAGAUGGGCAACACAUUUGCGGCAGGCGAGGUGGCAUGCGAGUCAAUCAAUGCUGCAGGGUUUAUACAUAUUCACAAGGAGAAAAUUAAAGUGCCAAUAGGCCCCUGGGCAAAGGACAAAAAGCUUAAGGAGUGGGGGUACUGGAAUUUGUGCUUUCUCUUAGAUGGAUUUGAUGGGUUUGCUCUAAGGGGCAUGACAACAGUACUUGGUUGGCCGAUCGAGAAAGUCCAGCUGUACCUGGCACAACUGCGCAAAGAGUUAAAAGACCCUACAAUUCACUCCUAUCUUUACUUAUGA